CUCGAUCGAACAAUUUCAAUUCAUUUCUAUGAUAGCACUACUAUUGUAAAGCAACAAGACCCUUCGAUUUCAAGUUAAAGAAACUACAAAUAACCCACACACCUGUCACGAGGUAAACAAACACCAUCAAUACCUAUGGGGUAGAUAGAUAUUAGAUACGGGUAGAUAUUAGAUAUAUAGAUGUAUAUAUAGAACCAUCACGUUUCUAUUACUUCUGGGCUCAAGCUUUAAAUGGCUUCAAAGCAUUCCAUAUCUUAAACGAUUUUUAUAUUAGUUUCUUGCUAAGUAUGUAAAACUUGUGUGCGAGCCAAACAACUCUAUAUAUACAGAUAAAUAUUUAGAAAAAGAACAAUCCAAAAAUGGGUAUGUUGGGGCUUGUUAUCCGAGUAAACUGUCUAUUCUUGUUAUCGUUCUUGGUGUGUUCUACCCCUCCGGAGGACCCCAUCAAGUGUUCAUCGUCAAAUAACACAAACUGCACCAUCACAAACUCCUACGGCAUCUUCCCCGAUCGAACUGUCUGUAAAGCGACUAGCGUAUCAUACCCUAGUACGGAGGAAGAACUCGUUAAGGUCGUGGCUGAUGCAACCAAGAACAAGAAGAGCAUGAAGGUGGCGACUCGUUACUCCCACAGCAUUCCCAAGCUGGUUUGCCCGCGCGGCGAAGACGGGCUGAUCAUAAGCACCAACAACCUCAACCGUGUGGUGAAGGUCGACGUUGAAGGGAUGAAGAUGACGGUGGAGAGCGGCGUGACGCUUAGGCAGGUGAUCAGUGAGGCUGCGAAGGUUGACUUGGCGUUGCCUUACGCACCAUAUUGGUGGGGGCUAACUGUCGGUGGGUUGCUAGGGACUGGUGCACAUGGAAGCACAUUAUGGGGUAAGGGAAGCUCUGUUCAUGAUUAUGUGGUGGGACUUAGGAUUGUGAGUCCAGGAGGGCCUGAAGUUGGUUAUGUCAAGGUGAGAAGUCUCGGUCAAGGUGAUAAAGAUCUUAAUGCAGCUAAGGUUUCACUUGGAGUCUUAGGAGUAAUAUCACAGGUUACUCUAAACCUUCAACCCAUGUUCAAGAGGUCCAUCACAUAUUUGAGCAAGAGCGAUUCUGACUUGGGAGAUCAAGUGCUUAAGUUUGGCAAGCAGCAUGAGUUUGCGGACAUAAUAUGGUAUCCUAGCCAGCACAAGGCAGUUUAUCGAGUAGAUGAUCGUAUCUCCUCAAACACAUCCGGAAAUGGUUUAUAUGAUUUCCUUCCUUUUCGAGCAACGCCUUCAGUUGCACUGGCAGUUAUAAGAACGGCAGAAGAGAACCAAGAAUCAAAAAGCGAUGCUGAUGGGAAAUGCUCUGGGGCAAAGUUGGUCACAUCUGGGCUUUUAUCCGAUGCUUAUGGUUUGACAAACAAUGGUAUAAUCUUUACUGGAUAUCCUGUGAUUGGAUAUCAGAACCGGCUUCAAGCAUCUGGAACUUGCCUUGAUAGUCAUCAAGAUUCAAGAAUCACGGCAUGCGCAUGGGACCCAAGGAUCAAGGGCGAGUUUUUUCAUCAAACAACCUUCAGCAUCAGCUUGUCCGUGGCCAAAAGCUUCAUUCAAGACGUGCAGAAGCUAGUUGAGAUUGAACCCAAAUCCCUCUGUGGAGUAGAAAUCUACAAUGGAAUCCUAAUGCGCUAUGUCACCGCAUCAACUGCUUACCUUGGCAAACAAGUAGAUGCAAUUGACUUCGACUUCACUUAUUACCGAAGCAAGGACCCCAUGACGCCUAGGCUCCAUGAAGGCAUACUUGAAGAAAUAGAGCAAUUGGCACUGUUUAAGUACGGAGCAUUGCCACAUUGGGGAAAGAAUAGGAACAUAGCCUUUGAUGGGGUGAUGAAGAAGUACAUACAUGGUAAGGAGUUCUUGAGGGUUAAGGAAGUGUAUGACCCAAUGGGGCUAUUCUCAAGUGAAUGGAGUGACCAGGUCCUUGGAAUUAAGGGUGAGGUUAACUUAGUCAAGGAAGGGUGCGCCCUAGAAGGGUUGUGCAUUUGCUCACAAGACAUUCAUUGUGCCCCAAGCGAGGGCUACUUCUGUAGACCGGGGAAAGUAUUUAGGGAUGCAAGGAUCUGUACUCCGAUCCAUAAUUAGACAAGAACCACAAGUAACUAGCUAGACUCUCUGUUGGCGAAAUUACAAUAAAAUAUUAUAAUUUCUCUUGAGAGACUCGUUGACAAAAGGCUGAGGCGCGGGUAUCUCGCUCUCUUUAAGGAGAUUCAAGCCCUCUGCGGAACAAUGCCGGUGCACCAGAAAUCUCUUGACUUGUCCCCUCCAGGAUACAAUAGCCCAACAACAAGUUGUAUGGCUCACACCAAUCUGCACAAAUUGGAGGAACCCAAAGCUCCACCAAAAGAACACCUUUCUCUGGCCAAAAAAACACACAAGACUCUUUUGGGGGAUUUUGGAAAGAAGGUUGAUGGGUGAAUAGUUGAGUAAAAGUUUAAUGUAUUUUAGCAUGCAACAAAUGGUGCUAUUUAUAGGCUCUUAGGACACUCCCUACAAUUAAUAGGGUAGUAACCAAAUGCCAUAGGUUACAAAAAUUAAAACCCAAAAUAAAUCAAAAUAAAACACCAUGAGUUACAAAAUAAAAUUCAAAAUAAAUUCAGAAUUUAAAC